AUGCCUGGUAUGCAAGUCAAGCCCCUGCUGAUCGACGGCCGCGGCCACCUGCUCGGUCGCCUGGCGUCGAUCGUCGCCAAGACCCUCCUCCAGGGCCAAAAGGUGAUUGUCGUCCGCUGCGAGGGCAUCAACAUCAGCGGCAGCUUCUACCGCAACAAGCUGAAGUACCUCAGCUUCCUGCGGAAGAAGUGCAACGUCAACCCCGCCCGCGGCGUCUACCACUACCGCGCCCCGUCGAAGAUCUUCUGGCGAACGGUUCGCGGCAUGAUGCCCCACAAGACCCGUCGCGGCGACGCCGCCCUGGACAAUCUGCGCGUCGUGGAGGGCAUUCCCCCGCCGUAUGACAAGAAGAAGCGCCUGGUGGUGCCCGCCGCGCUGCGCACCCUGCGCCUGAACCCGCGUCGCAAGUUCUGCGAGCUGGGUCGCCUCUCGCACGAGGUCGGCUGGAAGUACCAGGGCGUCAUUCAGUCGCUGGAGGUGAAGCGCAAGGCGAAGGCCAACGUCCACCACGCCCGCGUCGUGAACGAGGCGAAGCUGCGCGAGCAGGCGAAGAAGCUGGUCGAGGCGAGGACUGCCGAGCUGCGCAGCACCAUCUCCUCCUUUGGAUAUGCUGUCUAA